AUGCUGGACUCGAUAUUACCUGAGAAUGAACCUCAGAUCCAGCCCCGAAACCCAUACCCUCUUGCACGACCAGGACCCAUACCCGAUGGCAGAUUGGAUGGGAUUUUUGUGGAAAGACCAGUUCCAGCUCUGGUCGUAAGGGAUGAGUCUUCUACUACUACUGCAAGUCCAUCAGCAACAUUCUCAUGUGCACCAAAUGACAACAGUGGGCCGUGUGAAAAAUACUACAAUGCAGAUGGCUCCGGAAACACUCUACCUAUCGUAUUGGGAGUGGUGAUCCCAUUGGGAAUUGCUAUAGUCAUUCUGGUAUGGCUGCACCGCCGCCAUGUCGUGAAAUUGAGGCAGGAGGAUGCGAACGAUAAACACAAAUCUUUGGACUUUGGGAUGGGUGAAGGCAGGGGCAAGUCUCGAAAACCCAACGCACGCGGUCGAACCGAAAUGUCUGCUUCGCAGGAAAAGGAAAUUGGUGGCCCAAGAGAACGCGGGCUGUCGAUGGACCUAGAGGCCCAUAAUCCGUACGUGCUGCCACCAGCGUUAAAUCACAGCAGAGAGUCGUUGCACUCUUUGUCGCGAUCCAUCACUGGAGACGACAAAUACCGGGCCACAAAUUUCAUACCUGAUGAUGGAUCGAUACGCCCGGCAUCGAGCAUAAGAAGUCCCUUGGACGACUCAUCGUCCACGUUCACUGGCUCUUCGAGCCGCAGGUUCAACUACGAGUCCAAGCAUAACCUCCUCAGCAAUGCCCAGGGUAAUCCGUUAGGAUCAGCCGUGCGCGACCGUUCCAUGUCUUCUUCACGGGAUCCUUCAGUUGAUCCCUCAAACGGUCUCCGUACCCCGUACCCUCCGUCAAACAACAAUCUGUUGGCGCCGACAGGAGCAGAUUCUACCAGAGACUCGUUUCUUAGCACGGCCAGCAGCACUGGAAAUGUCAAUGCUUUGAGAGCAAGUAAUAAUUACCUUGGGAAGUUUAUCAGUGGAGGAGCACCUUUGAGUGGGGAACAGUCAAGCAAAAAGGCACCGGCUGUGGUCAUCAAUGAAGUGCGAGCAGAAACGCCCGCGGAAGAAGUUCGCCCUCCUCCUGUCGUUUUGAAAGAUGACAUCCAUCUCAAGAGUGCACCGAGUGCUCCAGAGGAAAAAUACCAACAAACACCCAGCAUCACAUUCAACAACCCCACAGAUCGCCAACCUCGGCUACCCCAGCUUAGCUUCAUCGAUCCGCAGGGUGAAAAGCAGAGCUCUCCAGAGCCAGGUUUGGCAUCGGAAGUGACCGCGGCAUCUGUCAUUGAUAACAAACCUUCGGCUUCAGCAGCAACUUCGAUGGAUCACUCUUCAGCCCAGCACUAUUCGCAGCAGUCCGAGCAUCUUAGCCAAAACUAUGAGGACCAGUAUGAGGACGCAGAUGAUUACUACGAGGAAGAAGAAGUUUACGGAGAUUACUAUCAAGAAUACGAAAAUCAUGAUGGAUAUGACCAGCGACGGUCAAUGAUGGGUAUGCGACCACUUCCUCCUGAUGAUCCUUCCGAGAACCCCGAGGACCGAGCCAAUCGAAUUCGAUCAUUUUACAAGGAGUAUUUUGACGAUAGCAAGCCCCAGAAUUUCACCAACCAUGGUGGACAGCAACAUGGAGGCUACUAUGAGGAACAAGAAGGGUACUAUGAUAACCAUGGGCAGGAUGGGUAUUACGAUCAAGGACAACAAUAUCCACCACGAGGAGGGACUGCUGCAGGUGCUUAUGGCCGACAUCGGGCCACUGUCUCGAAUGGAAGUUAUAUGUCUGGACCCAGAGCGUAUUCUUCGGUAUCUGGCAGAUACGGACCACCACCGCCACGUGCAGCGGCCAAGAGGAGGGAGGUGCCACUCAAGACUCUUCAUGUACUUCCGACGCCGCAUUUGUUGAAGGACGACACAUUCCUACCCAUUGACUAUGCGCCACCCAAGAAAAUCUCCAACCAAAGAUCCGGCACACCUGAUAGUCUUCGGGGUGGAGAGAGGCCAUACUCACCAUCCGUGAGGGCGCACAAUCCUCUCAUAUCGUCGUUCGACGACCUGGCGGUAAUCCCAAGCCCGUAA